AUGUCCACUCCCGACUACGGCCGCCGGCUGAUCGUCCCGCUGGUCGAGCACAAGGCCGCCACCAACCCCAGCGGCGUUUACUGCACGCUGCCCACGUCCGCCACCAACCUCGCCUCGCACGCCCUCGACAUCACGUGGCGCGACCUCGCGCGGCUCGUCGACCAGGCAGCAUGGUGGCUCGAAGCGCAGCUGGGCAAGCCCAAAGCAGGCACGUUCCCGACCAUCGCCUUCAUCGGGCUAAACAGCCCGCUGUACCACGUGCUGGCGCUGGCCAGCGCCAAGACGGGUUACAAGAUUCUGUUCAACUCGCCGCGCAACAGCGUCGAGGCGCAGCUGUACCUGUUCGACAAGACGGAAUGCAAGGUCCUGCUGCGCGGGCCCCGCGCCGGCAGCAUGGUGCAGGAUAUCCUCGAGGCGCGGCCGAAGAUGCGAUGCGUCACGGUGCCUGAGCCCGGCGAUUGGAUGAGGGAGAAGGGCCAGGUUAAGCGCUAUCCGUAUGACAAGUCGUGGGAGCAGGGGAAGGAUGACCCCGUCAUCGUGCUGCAUUCGUCUGGGUCAACGGGCCCGCCGAAGCCGAUUCCUAUCAUGAAUUCGUCGAUGGGGACGAUUGAUGCGCAUCAUUUGAUUAAGGAUGUUGCUGGGAAGAGGGAUGUGUUGAGGACGAUGGAGGGGACGACCAUGUUCAAUCCGAUGCCGAACUUUCAUGCUGCGGGAGUGUUCUGGAACUUCAUGUCCGCAAUUUACUUUGACGUACACGUCGUCUAUGCUCCGGUCGGCCAGCCACUGAAGGCUGAACUAGUUGAGAAGGCGUUGGAUCAGAUGAAGUUUGAUUGGAUGUUCCUGCCACCGUCCAUCAUCGAGGACUUGGCCCGGGACGAGCAUGUGCUUCCGAAGUUGGAGAAGAUGCGGUACAUCGGGUUUGGCGGCGGGCCCCUUUCACAACAACUCGGCGAUGUCAUUGCCAAACACACGCAAGUGAUCAAUGUUUUGGGCACAACGGAGAACGCUGUUCCGCCGUACAACUUUGUCCCGUUGAAAGAAUGGAACUGGAUCCUGGUGCCACCGGAGAUGAAGGGUGUCGAAAUGCGGCCACGGGAGGAGGACGAGUUCUCAGAGAUGGUCAUCGUGCGUGAUGAACACACGAAUCCCUUCCACUCGACCUGGAGCACCUUCCCCAACGAAGCCGAAUACCACACCAAAGACCUCUUCGUGCGGCACCCAACCGAACCACACCUCUGGCAGCAUCGGGCGCGGUCUGACGACGUGCUCGUGCUCUCCAAUGGCGAGAAGGUCGUCCCAAUCCCGAUGGAAGGCCAGCUCUCCCAGUCUCCACACAUCUCGGGCGUUGUCGUCCUGGGCCACGGCCGCUUCGAAACGGCAGUUCUCAUUGAGCUAUCGUCUCAGGUGCAAAGGAAGCACUCGCCGGCCGAGAACCUCGCGGCCGUCGCGCUCUUCAUUGACAAGGCCAACGCCGCGGCGCCAGCCUUCGCCCGCAUAUCGCGGGACCGGGUGCUCUUCACUUCACCAGACAAGCCCAUGACGCGCGCGGGCAAGGGCACCGUCAUCCGCAAGGCAACGCUGAAGCAGUACGAGAAGGAGAUUGAGGACCUGUACGCUGGGCGGUCCAGCAUCGCCCUCUCCUCAACCCUCCCUCUCCACGUCGACACCGAAAAUACGUCCGACACCGAGGCCGCGCUGACCGACCUGUUCGGCAAGCUGGCGGGCGCGAAGAAGAGACUUGGCCUGGACGACGACUUCUUCGCCGCGGGCAUCGACUCGCUGCAAGUGUUGACGGUGGUGCGGCAGCUCAAGGCGCAACUGACCAACGAGCACGCGCCGCUCUCGCCCAACCUGGUCUCCCUCAGCAUGGUCUACGCCAACCCGACCAUCCGCAAGCUCGCGCGGACGCUGCACGCAGCCGCAGCAGGCGGCGGCGGCGGCAAGGAUGGGAAUGCAGGCGCACGCAAUGCCGAUCAGCGUGCGAAGGAGAUGAAGGAGAUGUACCUGCGCUACGCCCACGACCUCCCGCACCGGACGGACGCUGCUGCCGCUGCUGCCUCCGCCGCUGCAGCCGGAGCCAAGGAAGAGCCCGUCACAGUCGUCCUGACGGGCAGCACCGGCUCGCUGGGCUCCUACAUCCUCUCCGCUCUGCUCUCUUACCCACCCCAGCGCAUCGCCCACGUCUACUGCCUUAACCGCGGCUCGCCCUCCAGCACCUUGAAGAAGCAACGCCAACGCUUCGAAGACUCGGGGCUGCCAACCGCCGGCCUCGACCAGGGCAACCGCGUCACCUUCCUCGAGACCGACCCGGGCGCCGACCUGCACGGCCUGUCGGACGCGGCCUACGCCGAGCUGGUCCAGCGCACGCGCUACAUCAUCCACAACGCGUGGGCCGUCGACUUCAACAUGGCGCUGGACAGCUUCGCGCCGCACGUCAAGGGCGUGCGCAACAUGAUCGACCUGGCGUAUUCCGCAGGCCAACAACAACAACUGAAGUCCCCGCCGCCCAUCUUCUUCACCAGCACCAUCAACACCGUCCGCAACUACAACGUCGCCGCCGGCCCAGGAGAAGUGCCCGAAACGCCUAUCCACGACGUCCAGGCCCCCGGCGAGGGCGGCUAUGGCGAGGGCAAGUACGUCGGCGAGCGGCUGCUCGAGGCCGCCGGCACCGUCAGCGGUGUGCCAGCGGCUAUCUGUCGCACGGGCCAGAUCGGCGGGCCCGUGGCGAGCGAGGCGGCGCGCGCGGGGAAGGGGAAGUGGAACGUGCAGGAGUGGUUUCCGACCAUCGUGCGCUCGUCGAAGCACCUCGGCGCGCUACCGACGUCCAUCGCCGGCAUGGAUCAGGCGGACUGGGUGCCUGUGGACCUCGCGGCGGAUGUGGUGGUCGAUGUGAUGUUUGAUAAUUUGCGGCAGUUGCGCGAGAGCAAGACGGCGGGACGGCCCCUGGUGCAGUUUGAUCAUUUGGUUAAUCCGAAGACGAGCUCGUAUCCGAAGGUUAUUUUGCCGGCGUUGCAGAAGAGGUUGGCGGAGGGUGGGAAGGGGCAGUUCCCGGCUGUGCCGUAUGAGGAGUGGCUGCGGAGGUUGCAGGAUGAGGCGGCCAAGCCGGAUGCGGAUCCGGUCAAGUGUCCCGGCAUCAAGCUGUUGGAUUGGUUUGAGGGGUUGGGCGAGGGGCUGAAGGCGUUGGAGAGGGGUGAGCCGGCGGGCUUCAGGUUGCAGACGAAGGAGACGGUGAAGAGGAGCGAGACGUUGAGGAAUUUGGAGCCGGUGAAUGCGGAGUGGGUGAAUACCUGGUGCCAGGGGUGGGGGAUGUAG